CCCAUGGUCAAAUCCAACAUGGCUGCUCACAUGUCAAGAUUGAGAGGCUGGAGCCGUGUUCAGAGGUGUGGCCUUGCAGUAUGUAGACAGUACAGCAGUGGCGGUUCAUAUCCCAACAUAUCUCUGUCCACACCGUUACCCGGCAUCCCUAAACCUGUCUUUGCAUCUGUGGACGGUCACGAGACACACGAGACAAAAAUCACCACCUUAGAAAACGGACUUAAAGUUACAUCUCAGAACAAAUUUGGUCAAUUUUGUACAGUUGGAGUUUUAGUAAACUCAGGCUCGCGGCACGAAGCAAAAUAUCCCAGUGGAAUUGCACACUUUUUGGAAAAGCUUGCAUUUUCUUCUACAGCCCAGUUUGGAAGUAAGGAUGAAAUUCUCCUCACACUCGAGAAACACGGAGGCAUAUGUGACUGCCAAACAUCCAGAGACACGACAAUGUAUGCGGUAUCGGCUGAAGUGAAGGGUCUGGAUACUGUGGUAAACCUGUUGGCAGAUGCUGUGCUUCAGCCCCGUUUAUUAGAUGAGGAGAUUGAGAUGACCAGAAUGGCUGUUCGCUUUGAAUUAGAGGAUCUGAACAUGAGACCCGAUCCGGAGCCAUUAUUAACAGAGAUGAUUCAUGCUGCAGCAUACAGAGGCAACACCGUGGGUCUCUCUCGCUUCUGUCCUGCUGAUAACAUUGAGAAGAUUGACAAAAAGCUGCUUCAUAAGUACCUCCAGAGCUAUUACUGCCCAGAACGGAUGGUGCUGGCGGGGGUCGGGAUCGAACACGAACAACUUGUUCAGUGUGCCAGGAAGUAUCUACUCAAUGCUAAACCAGUAUGGGGUGGGAGCACACUUGCCAACAUCGACCGGUCUGUAGCUCAGUACACAGGAGGCAUUGUGAAGACGGUGAAGGACAUGUCUGAUGUCAGCUUGGGCCCUACCCCUAUGCCGGAGCUGACACACAUCAUGAUUGGCCUGGAGAGCUGCUCUUUUCUGGAGGAUGAUUUUAUCCCCAUCGCCGUCCUCAAUAUGAUGAUGGGGGGAGGCGGGUCCUUUUCGGCCGGGGGUCCAGGAAAAGGCAUGUUCACCCGUCUUUACCUUAAUGUGCUGAACAGGCAUCACUGGAUGUACAACGCUACCUCCUACCAUCAUAGCUAUGAAGAUAGCGGUUUGCUUUGCAUCCAUGCAAGCGCAGACCCUCGACAGGUGCGCGAAAUGGUGGAGAUCAUUACACGAGAGUUUAUUCAGAUGAAUGGAACGGCAGGAGAAAUGGAGCUGGAGAGAGCCAAGACACAACUGAAAUCAAUGCUCAUGAUGAACUUAGAAUCACGGCCGGUCAUCUUUGAGGACGUAGGUCGGCAAGUACUUGCGACAGGGAGGAGAAAACUGCCACAUGAGCUUUGUGACCUUAUCAGUAAGGUAACAGCCAGUGACAUCAAGAGGGUAACGACAAAAAUGCUUCGCAGUAAACCAGCCGUGGCUGCGUUGGGAGAUCUGGCAGAGCUUCCCUCUUAUGAGGACAUCCAGGCUGCUCUGACUAGUAAAGAUGGACGUCUGCCUCGCACAUAUCGCCUGUUCCGAUAGUGGACCCACAAGUCACGCCGUCUAGAGGAAAAGGACUGAACAAGAGGAGAAUUUACUCCACAUUUUCAGCUACAUUACGUAUAGAAUGUGGUUAUUUUACACAUUUCGAGCAUUGUGAAUUGAUAAAAUAAUGUACAAAUAUCUGCACUGCAGUGGACAUGCGAUGAACGUAUACCCGAUAUAUUUACAUAUUUUAGUAGCUUUAAAAGGAUAUCCCAGUUACACUAUUAAAUUGAUUUUACACAGAAUAAAUGUUUGCUAUUAACAAUCGUGGUGAAAACUGUAUCCUGGGUCUUGUAUGUAUUUCACAGAAAUAUUCAUAUGCUACAAUUCAUUUGUUUUACAGUUAAAUAGCUGUACAUCUUCUGAACCUCAGAAACCUACUUGUGGUGUGUUUUUGCAGUAUCAUGUGUCAUUGUACUUUUUUGUUGGAUAACCCCUUAAGACACCCAGUAUUUAUUAUCUUUCCAUGGAAGAGUAUUCAAUUUCAUAUAAUAAAAAAUGUUGGUUGAUUUGA